AUGGUGUUUAUAAUUGCCUUUCUAAUAUUUAUUGGCAUGGUCUUCCUUGCCGUGGUGCUGUUGAACUGCUACAUCCUAUUUGUCGCCGGCUGCCGUAUGAGGAGGACAGCCAGCACCAUGUGGUUCCUGAACUGGGCUGUGGCCGAUUUCAUCUUUCUCAUCUUCCUGCCCGUCAGAUUGAUCUUCUUCCUUGACUUAAACUGGGUCACGAUGCUGAGCAACACCAUCACCUCCUUCCAUAUGUUCUCCAGUGCCUUCCUCCUCACGGCCCUCAGUGUCGAUCGCUGCAUCCUCGUGGCGCAUACGGAGUGGGCCCAGAACCACCGCACACCCCGCCUGGCUUUCAUGAUUGUUUUGGUCAUAUGGGCCCUGUCUGUUGGGUUUAGCUUGCGGUACGGUAAUCUCAGGGAAUCCUUCCACACACCUAUUGGCAUGCGCAUGAAUGUCCCACUGGAUGACGGGAGGGUGAAGGCCGCCAUUGUCAUCCAGUUCCUGGUCGGGUUUCUGAUCCCAUUAGCCUUGAUCUUGAUCCCAACUUUCUACAUCAUUCUAGCUGCCAAGCUGAGGAGGAACAGGCUGAUCCAGUCCACCAAGCCACUCAAGAUCCUUCUUGGCUUAAUCCCGACCUUUUUCCUCUGCUGGCUGCCGUAUCACGUCUUCUCCUUCCUGCUGAUUUCAGCUACGUACGCUCCAUCUCUGGACAUGGUAAAUGUUUUUAUUUCAAUCCUGACAUAUUUCAGCACUUUACUCAACUCCAUCUUCUACCUCACCAUGGAGGAAGAGUAUCUAAGUUACCGGCAACAUGCACGCAACCCCCAAACCACUGACAACUUGGGUCCGGAGUCAGCCGAAUAGGGAACGGAUCGAAUUCUCAAUAUUUGCAUUAAGAUAGGUGAAAAAUUCUUUUUCCUGGGACCCAUAGCUUCCUCUUGACUCCAAAAUUAUUUUUUUUAGAAAAUUAAUUUUUUGGCCUUACUCAAAGAAGAGC